AAAUGAGAGAAAAAUCAAAAGCUAUUAAUGCCAAAAUGUUUUCUUGAAUUGUUUUCCACCUAAAGUCCGAGAUCCCUGGUGUCCACGCCUCCCCAUUGGCCACACCAUUUUUCAACUCUCCCUCUCUCUCUUCUCACUUCAACUCCUACUCUUCCAUCUCCAUUCUUUGAGCUCAAAUCUUGGAGCACUUUUUUGUUAAAAAGGAUAUAACUCAUUUUUCCUUCAAAUUUAAUAGUACUAAUCAAUUUCCAAAAUUGAGUCUUGAAUUUGAUGAAUCAAUUCGAGCAAAACACGCAGAUGGGCUCGGGGCUGACCCGAUACAGGUCGGCCCCGAGCUCGUAUCUGACUAGCCUUCUGAGCUCGGAAGGCGGAUUCGGAGAAGAAGACUUCGCCGAGCUCUUCAACCCGCGAGCCUCCAGCCCUGAGACGCAGGUCAUCUUCUCCAGGUUCAUGAACAGCACCCCUCCUCUCCCGCCGAGAAAGCCGGAGAAUGAUGACUUUAUUCAACCUCCCCCGCAGAAGCUGCAGAGGCACCACAGCAACGAUUACUCCUCCGCAUCUCAGAUGAUGUUUCCCACCACCCACAAUUCCGACGCCGACGCCACUUAUGGAGGAAAACACUUUCCGCCGCAGAUCAAGAUGGAAAGCGGCGGCGGCGGCCUUAUUCGCCACAGCAGUUCUCCGGCUGGCCUCUUCGCAAACAUAAACUUCGAAAAUGAGUUCAAACCAAUGAACUACACUUCUUCUCCGGCGAUGAACUCGAUCUCAGAAAUCGAUAGCAAAGGCAAUGCAGAGGAUGAUGUCGACUUCAUCACUGGUUUACCUUGGGAUGAUUCGCCGCUCUUGUCUGAUUCUUACCUAAACGAUCAGAAGAAGGAAGCAGGAGAUAAUCGGCCGAAGACGACUCUGUUGUCUCAUCACCUGAGCUUGCCCAAAGCAGCAAUGGAGAAGCUUCUGGAAGAUUCGGUUCCUUGCAAGAUCAGAGCCAAGAGGGGCUGUGCUACUCAUCCUCGGAGCAUUGCUGAAAGGGUUAGAAGAACGAAGAUCAGUGAGCGGAUGAGGAAGCUUCAAGAACUCGUGCCCAAUAUGGAGAAGCAAACGAAUACAUCGGAUAUGCUGGACUUGGCUGUUGAUUACAUAAAGGAUCUUCAGAGACAAGUAAAGACGCUUUCGGGUAAUCAAGCCAAGUGUAGCUGCUCAGCUAGAUCAAAUGGCUACUGAUGUUGCAAGAUGAUGAAGGAGAAAAAGGCCAAGUUCAGUGUCAGUAUAUAUAUUCUAUCAGAUUGUAAGUCUCUUGAUGUUUUCUCUUCCUUAGGUUGAUCAACUUAAUCAAUGUUUCUUUUUUUAUCUCUUUUUUUAUCUUUGUUUUGAGGUUGAGGUUCAAUUAGAUUGAGCUCCUUGUCACAUACUCCUAUUUUAGAAGAAAGGCAUGUACAAAAUUGUCAAUUUGGAUAAAAGAAAUGGUACUUUUCUAGCUAUCUUUGAUCUUUAGAAAAAAUGAGCUUUUGUGGUCACUUUUAUUAUUAAAGAUAAAAUAUGCGAGAGUCAUAACUGCACUUUGAUUAUCCAAAAUGACUCUCCAAAUACUAAUGGGGUUUUAAUAAUAAAAGUAUGUUUUUCCAUUAUGAUAGCUAGAAAAGGUAUUUUGGUUAUCCAAAUUGGCAAAUCUUGUGCAUUCCCACUUCUCAAAUUGGUAAAUUGUUAUGUUAGGUGAAGUCCAUAAAAAUUCUUCUAAAUAAAAUGAGUUGAAUUACCUGUUGAAGUUGAA